CGCAAAGCCGCCGGCCUGCAUGUGAAAACUAUCCACGUGGGAAGUGCCAAAUUUCACCUCUUUCAAAGUUGAAACAAUCACGCCAAGAACACUUCCAUUUCACUCGAAUCUCCCAAACAAGAAACUUCCUUUUCUAUUUAUCUAUUCAUCCCAGCUAAUUUCGGAAACUCAAAUUGCCUAAUUCUCCACAAUUCUCACAUUCUAAGAGUCGUAGCUGUCAUGCUUGUGCCUUGUGGCGAAGAAGAUCGUCAUCCACCACGCUCAAUUAUAUCCUCCCCUUUGUCCCUUCUAAACCCCUCUACACCCAUGAUCAAUUUUAUUACUUUAUUCGCUAAUUCUGUUUGGUCGCCUACAAUCGGUGAAGAGGCUUUAAUUUAGGAUAAAUUAGCUUUGGAUUCCUGUUUAAUCCGUGGAGUUGCGGCGGAAUUUCCAAGCUUUCGCUUUACUCCUCAAUUGGAAAUGAUAAAGGUGGAAGAUUGAAGGGAAAGGAAAGCUUAGAUUCCAAGCAUAGGGAUUUAGGGUUUAUCUGUGUAAUUGGGGAUUGAUGAUAUGUGUAGUGAAAUGGCGACUCCGGUGGAGCCCCCAAAUGGAUUUAGGCCGAUGGGGAAGCAUUACUUCACAAUGUGGCAUACGUUGUUCGAAAUUGACACGAAAUACGUUCCCAUCAAGGGCAUCGGGAGGGGGGCGUAUGGGGUGGUUUGUUCCUCGAUAAACAGGGAGACGAACGAGAGGGUGGCGAUCAAGAAGAUCAACAAUGUGUUUGGGAAUCGCGUGGACGCGCUGAGGACUCUGCGGGAGCUGAUGCUGCUGCGCUGCAUCAAGCACGAGAACGUGAUCGCCCUCAAGGAUGUGAUGAUGCCGAGCAACUGGAGGGGUUUUAAGGAUGUUUAUCUGGUUUACGAGCUGAUGGACUCUGAUCUUCAUCAGAUCAUUAAGUCGCCUCAGCCUUUGUCAAAUGACCAUUGCAAGUACUUCGUCUUUCAGCUGCUUAGAGGGUUAAAAUAUCUACAUUCUGCGAACAUUCUUCACCGGGACCUGAAACCAGGGAACCUCCUCGUCAACGCAGACUGCCAGCUCAAAAUAUGUGAUUUUGGACUUGCACGUACAAGCAGAGACAACGGGCAAUUCAUGACUGAAUAUGUUGUCACGAGAUGGUACCGUGCACCAGAGCUGCUCCUUUCUUGUGACAAUUACGGAACCUCCAUUGACAUCUGGUCCGUGGGAUGCAUCUUGGCAGAAAUUCUUGGCCGCAAACCAAUCUUUCCGGGAACCGACAGCCUCAGUCAACUCAGGCUUAUCAUCAGUGUUCUUGGCAGCCAACCUGAAGCUGAUCUCGAGUUUAUAGACAAUGCAAAGGCAAGGGCGUAUGUGCAGUCGCUCAACUUUCCCGGAAGAGUGAACUUCUCUUCUUUAUAUCCGCACGCAGACACUUUGGCAAUAGAUUUGUUGGAGAGGAUGCUUGUAUUUGAUCCUACCAAAAGAAUUAGUGUUGCUGAGGCUCUCUCCCACCCUUACAUUGCAGGUUUGUACGAUCCGAGCUGCAACCCUCCGGCCCAGUACAAGAUCAAUGUCGAUAUAGAUGAGACUAUCGGGGAACCAGUUAUAAGGGAGAUGAUGUUGAGAGAGAUGCUCUAUUACCACCCCGAAGCUGCCUAUGCCAGUGCAAUGUAUUGAGGUUUCGGGAAAACAUUCUUCGUGCAGAAGAAGGUGAUCAAGCAGGCGAAGUAACGACGGAGGACAGCAAAAGAGGAAUCAAACUCUGCUCUCAUGUUGUUGGCUUUGAAGGUUGUGUUGAAGAUCCAUUGAGUGAUUAAUUGAAGAUAUUUUCAUGAGAAAAAUAAGUUCAUGACGUGUAAUUUGUUGUGGAUUGAUUAAUUUUUUGGUUUGAGAAUGUAUGUCCAGUCAUUGCUAUAGCAUAUUUCUUAUAGCUGAUGCUUGAGAACUAUAAACUCUAUACUACAGUGGUGUAUGGUUAUAGAAGGUUGAUGUUUGGAAUAAUAUAUACCACUAUUUUUGUCCAAGUCAAAGUUAAAUAUUUUUUUGACGA